GGAAGUGGGAAAGUUGGCGCGGCCCCGCCGGACGCUGAAGACCCGGUGGCGGCGUGACAGAGGGACGCGGCGAGUAUGAGCUCUUUUCUCGAGUACCCCGUCCUCAGCGGUGAGGCGGGGGGAUGCUCUACUCGCUCCUACCACCCCGACCACGGAAUUACAACUUUCCAGCCUUGCGCCGUCAGCGCCGGCAGCUGCAGUGGGGAGGACCACUACCUCGCGGGCCGCGGGGUGCCCAUCAGCCCCCACCGCCACCACCACCACCACCACUCCCCGGCUCAGCCCGCUGGUUACCAGCACCACGGCGGCCUGGGGGUGUCCUACGCGCACCCCAGCUGCGGCCCGACUUACGGCGCGCCGGGCUUCGGACCAGCGUACGGCCCUUACCCCCUCGGGCAGGACGCGGAGCUGGGCGGCGGCUUCCCCCCCUGCGCCCCCGCUGUGUACUCGGGGAGCAUCUCCUCCUCUGCAGCCGCGCAGCACCCGCACCAGGGCUAUGCGGGGGGGCCUGCUCAGUACGUGCCUCCGCCCUACGGGCAGGAGCAGCAGAGUCUGCCCCUGGGCACCUACAACCAUACCUUGUCCCCCCUCCACGCCGGACACCGGGAAAACGCCCGCUCCCCCUCUGCCGAGACCUCGUCUCCGGCGCAAACCUUCGACUGGAUGAAAGUGAAAAGAAACCCACCCAAAACAGGCAAGGCUGGAGAGUACGGCUUCGUAGGGCAGCCCAACACCGUCAGAACUAACUUCACCACCAAGCAGCUCACAGAGCUGGAGAAAGAGUUUCAUUUCAACAAGUACCUGACCAGGGCCAGGCGGGUGGAAAUAGCAGCCUCCCUGCAGCUCAACGAGACGCAGGUGAAGAUCUGGUUCCAGAACCGGCGGAUGAAACAAAAGAAACGGGAGAAAGAGGGGUUGCUGCCAAUCUCCCCCGCCACCCCCACGGGCUGCGAGGACAAGCUUGAGGAUUCCUCGGAGAAGUCCUGCUCGUCUCCUUGCAGCGCCUCGCCCGCCUCCUCCGUCUCGGACACUCUGCCUGCCACCAACUGAGGCCCACCACGCCCCGACGGCCGCCCGUCGCGACGCCCCCGCCAAGGCCUCUCGCGUCCGUUCCCCGUGGUCCGUCGGUCUAUCGGUCUCCCCGAGAGAUGCUGGAGCGCCGGUGACCCCCUCCCCCCUUGCCGCUGCCCGGCCCCGGGGAGUGCCGGCUCCGUUGGCUGCUCGCCUCCCGACGUCGGGUCCCGGCGCUUUAGUGCCAAGAGCGUAUCUUCCGCGCGUUCCCCCCUCCCCCUCCCCAUUUCUGCUGGAGGAACUGCGGUGGCACACGCCUAAGAGUUCUCCGCUUCAAGAACGGUCCUCCGAGUUUCCCUGAGUGAAAGACAGGUGAUCUAGGGUACAUAACCUCACCGAGAGAUGCACUAUUGCAAGUGUUUACACGACUUAUAGGACUUUCACCCCUUUAAUUUAAUGUAUUCUUUGUUCGUGUCUAUGAGUUUGUUGCUUGUAAAUACUUUGUCCGAGAGAUUUAUCUUUUUACAGAUUUUUCUAGAAAUGACGUUUCGAUUAUCAGGUUAAGCAGGGUGAGCACAUUCGCCAAACUGGAUCCACUUUUAUAUUGGUAAAGCCGAUUACAGUACCAAGUAAACGUCUUAAGCUCAAGCAGAUACCUCAAAAAAAGUAGCCCUAUUUCUUUAAAUGUGACAGGCAAGGCUUCAAUUGCACUAGGUUUUGUAAACCUCACCCGGUGUUCUUACCCCUCCCCCGGCCCCCCAAAAGCUGUGCCGGAUUAUACUCAAACCAAGGGUAUAGCCGUCCAGCAGACCUCACCUCUUCCUAUUUUCAUAUUAACUUUCCUUUAGACUCGAUGUCUUUUCAGCCUACUCGUGAAUGUGAUGAAUGGCCAACUGAAUGUAUAAUUUCUGUGAUUGGUGUCUGGACCAUUGCAUGACGCAUCACGCUUUGCUUUGCUGUACUGAGGGUACACUGAGUUCUAUCACUUGUCGUGUGUGAGCAAAAUGUCCUCCUGAUUUUCUGUACAAUCAUGAAAGGCUCUAGGAUUCCGCCGAUGAUGGAAGCCAGGGCAGGAUUUACGGGUCCUUACAAUGUCUGUAAUAAAUAUAU